AUGGGAGAUAUUGGAGCGGUUUGGAGGAGUUGGAGCGGAGCGGAGCAUUGGAGUUGGAGCAGGGAGCGGUUUGGAGGAGUUGGAGUUGGAGCAGGGAGCGGUUUGGAGGAGUUGGAGUUGGAGCAGGGAGCGGUUUGGAGGAAUUGGAGCGGAGCGCGGUUUGCAGGAGUUGGAGUUGGAGCAGGGAGUGGUUUGGAGGAGUUGGAGCAGAGUGGUUUGGAGGAGUUGGAGCUGGACGGUUUGGAGGAGUUGGAGUUGGAGCAGGGAGCAGUUUGGAGGAAUUGGAGCGGAGCGGUUUGGAGGAGUUGGAGCGGAGCGCGGUUUGGAGGAGUUGGAGUUGGAGCAGGGAGCGGUUUGGAGGAAUUGGAGCGGAGCGGUUUGGAGGAGUUGGAGUUGGAGCAGGGAGCGGUUUGGAGGAGUUGGAGUUGGAGCAGGGAGCGGUUUGCAGGAGUUGGAGUUGGAGCAGGGAGUGGUUUGGAGGCGUUGGAGCAGAGCGGUUUGGAGGAGUUGGAGUUGGAGCAGGGAGCGGUUUGGAGGAAUUGGAGCGGAGCGGUUUGGAGGAGUUGGAGCGGAGCGGUUUGGAGGAGUUGGAGUUGGAGCAGAGCGGUUUGCAGGAGUUGGAGUUGGAGCAGGGAGCGGUUUGGAGGAAUUGGAGCGGAGCGGUUUGGAGGAGUUGGAGUUGGAGCAGGGAGCGGUUUGGAGGAGUUGGAGUUGGAGCAGGGAGCAGUUUGGAGGAAUUGGAGCGGAGCGGUUUGCAGGAGUUGGAGUUGGAGCAGGGAGUGGUUUGGAGGCGUUGGAGCAGAGCGGUUUGGAGGAGUUGGAGUUGGAGCAGGGAUCGGUUUGGAGGCAUUGGAGCAAGGUGCAGUUUGGAGGGAAGCAGAGGAGAGCUUGGCAAAGUGCUGUGAUGGGAAAGACCCGAAGUAAAGGGACACCCGGCU